AUGUUCAAAGGCGAUGAAGGGAAAUCGCCCAACCAAAGUCGAGAUGAUGGGGCGACCAUUGACGUGAAGAGGAGCAUUCAAGCAUUCUGCACUGCUUGCCUGAAGCCGCAGUGCAGGUCUGAUAGCAUCACCUCGGAGGCUAGCCCAUGUCUAUCUGCACACGCAAGACCCAGCAAAACAUAUGCAAAGACCAGGCGCACGAGAGCGACGCAGAGAAGGAGCCAGAUCCAGCCGAGAACCGCGUCGCCAUUGGAUUAG